AUGCAUCUGGCAAAACCAAGUUGGCUCGGGCACUUUGACGAUAAAAAUCAAAGAACUGCUAUCUUUUCGGUCCAUGUUCACCCUGACGGAUCUCGUUUAGCAACUGGAGGUCUUGAUAACAAAAUAAAAUUAUGGAGUACUGCCAGCCUAAUAGACGUAGAUAAAGCCAAUGAUUCUAGCGUACCGCGUUUACUUUGCACUUUAGGUCUUCAUAAUGGUUCUGUACUUUGUGUUAGAUGGUCAAACAAAGACGGCCGAUAUCUGGCCUCAGGUUCAGAUGAUCAACUUGUUCUGAUAUGGGAAUGGGAUAAAUCGACUGAAGGGUGGGGAGGAAGCGUGUUUGGAAGUGGUGAACAUAACAUUGAGAAUUGGAAACCAAUAAGGCGACUCUCAGGGCAUCAAUCAGACGUAGCUGACCUUGCUUGGUCAAGAACUAAUACCUAUUUGGCAUCAUGUGGCUUGGAUAGUUUGAUAUUCAUAUGGGACGGCAAAACUUUUGAAAAAUUGCAUAAACUAGAUCAACAUCUCGGUUUUGUUAAAGGUGUUACAUGGGAUCCUGUGGGUGAAUAUCUUGCAACUGAGUCUGAUGAUAAAACAGUUAAAAUAUGGCGAACCACUGAUUGGUCCGUGCAAGCUGAAAUCAGCGAACCAUAUACAAGCUCUCCUACGACUACUUUUUACCGUCGUCUUAGUUGGUCUCCAGAUGGUUCUCAUGUCGCUACAGCGAAUGGCGCACAAGGCGCGGUAGCAAUUGCUGCUAUAUUUAAUCGAGGAGAAUGGCGUACUGAUAUAUCUUUGGUGGGACAUGAUUCUGCAAUCGAAGUCGUGGCGUUUAAUCCAGUUCUUUUUAUGAUACCUGACAGUGAUGACGCUGACCCCAAUUCGGAGACCAUGGGUAGUGUAUGUGCUGUUGGAAGUCAAGACCAUAGUAUUUCCGUAUGGGUAACGAGAAAUGCCCGUCCACUCUUUGUUUGUCAAAAACCUUUUGACCAGAGCGUAUUGGAUUUAGCAUGGUCACCUGAUGGUACACAACUUUAUGCGUGUUCUUAUGAUGGAACUGUGGUCGUCUUACAAUUUCUUAAUAAAGAAUUUGGCACUCGGGUGUCUGAGGAAGAGCAUGAAAAACUCCUUACAAAAUAUGGAUUCACCGUGAAAGAACCGAUCAUCCUCGAAAGCACUACUCAACUUAAUUUAGAAAGUGAAUACGCAAUUACCAAACAUAAAGAGAAAUCGGAUCGUAUGGCUAAUAUGAUGGCACCUAUGGAUUCUACAACCGUUGAUAUGGACAUUGGUACUCCUGAACCAAACAAUAAUUUAAUCAUUGGCUCAAAAACUACUGAUUUUGGACCUUCAAAUAUUCAGUCACAACCAUUACCUUCGGUAGAAACACCAAUUAAUAAUGAACUAUCUACAAACACCAAUGGAGUAUCAACUUCAACAUCUAACACAAUGACAAAUACUGCUAUACAUCAACAAACCGUUACUAUGACAAAAGACGGUAAAAGGAGGAUUCAACCUCAAUUUUUGAGAAGCCUCACCUCAUCUACUCCUCAAUUACAACCGAAUAUAUCUUUAACUUCUGAACAAAUUGUUGUUGAUUCAUCCACAUCAAAUAAUGGCCUUACAAGUACCCCCAUACCUUUAAAUAAUAAUAAUCAAAAAUUGACAACUGAAGAUAUAUUAGGUAACGAAAUGGACGCUCCUUCUCGUGUUUUACCACCUGGUGGAAUUCCUACCCUAGUUAUUGGGAAUAAACGAAGUGCUCCAUCAGAUACAACUACUCAAUCUAGCAAACGACAAAACGUAUCUGGCAAAAUGCAAUCAGAAGUUGAUCAGCAACCAAGUAUCUUAAGAUCAUCUUUAGUCUCCCCAUCCGUUGCAAUGUCACAAGUAAGGUUAGCUACUCAUAAAGUUUUGAGUUACCUUGCUAAGGAUCGUCUCGAUGGUGCAUCUUUAAAAUUAGAAUGCUACAAUUUUAAUGAAAAUACUCCAUCUCAAAUAAUGUGCACUCGUGGUAAGACCACUGUAUGGUUUGACUAUGUCCCGAGUGGGGUGAUACUUAUUACCGGCCAUUCUCAAUAUUCCGCUGUUGCUUGUGAAGAUGGUAGUAUAUAUAUAUACUCUGCUGCCGGUCGACGGUUAUUACCAGUGAUAAUGCUUGAAUCAUCUGCUUCAUUUCUUGAAAUAUGUAAAGAUUACCUUUUGGUUUUAACUCAAGUAGGGUUACUUAGCAUUUGGGAUUUACGAAACCUUAAAGCGAUCGUACAUUCUGUAUCCAUUGCGCCAAUCCUUUCUUCUGCAUCAUUAAAUUCUGAUGAUUUUAGUUCCUCUGCGUCAAUAAUAAGUGCUCAUGUUAGAUCUAACGGGAUCCCAUUACUAAUCACGAGUACAAACGAUGCAUGGUGUUAUCAUUUUGACAUGCACGUUUGGACGCGUGUAUACGAUCCACGAUAUACGUCAAAAGACUCAACCGGGUCAGAAGUUGGUGAGGUUGAUGGUGGUGGUAUAUUGGCUUCUCUUGAAAAUUACGCAAGACAAGGAGGUGUAAAAAAUCUUGGAUCAUUGUCACAUUUGAGACGAUUCAGUGGAAAUGAUACUCCAGGACAACCAAAUCAUCUGAUUGGUUAUUUGGAAAAUCAAUUGGUUUCUGCUGAAUUAGUCAAUUCUCCUGCAGAGUAUAAAAAACUGCUAUUCCAAUAUGCCCAGAAAAUAGCUGAUGAAGAAGCAGAAUAUAGAUUACAUGAAUUAUGUAUUCAUUUACUUGGGCCUACAAACAAGCAAAAGAUUUUGGAAGGAAUGUCGAAGCGUCAGUUACUUGAAGAAGUAUUGACAAUAUUGUCAUCAAAUCGUUCUUUACAACGUCAUGUAACAGAAUAUAAAAAUGCUCUUAAUAAG